CUGGCAUCGGCUUUCCCAAUUCUCUUUGCUUUUGUAUUAGGCCGUCUUUUUUUCCAAAUUGCGUGCUGGAAAUUAGAGAACGGCGCUACUCUCGGUGUUCUAGAGCAGCUAAUGGGCAGCCGAACCUUUGGUGCAACUCUCGCAACUCAUUACCAACUGCGAAUUUUCAAUUUGUCAGGCUUAGCACUGCUUACUAUUUGGUCAUUGUCUCCACUUGGAGGGCAAUCACUUCUACGCAUUCUAAACGUCAAUUCUCAAAAUUUUAAUUCGACGGGUUACUAUUUCGACAACACAAGGUCCUUCCCAUUUAGUGGCGAGCAAUUCUUUGUCGAUUCUGCUUAUGAUAAUGCCCUCUUUGCGCCCUCAUCGGUUAUAGAAGGGCCCAUGGAUAUCUGGGGAAACGUCAAAAUCCCAUUUUUCCAAGGCACCUCUGUUGGUCUUGACGAUGAAGAUUGGCGUGAGCUAAGUCGUGAGGACACCCACCAAUACUCUUCUCUUGUCGGGAUCCCAGCUACCAAUAUUUCCGCAGGGAAUACAACCUUCUCUAUUCAAUCAAGCUACAUUGAUCUCGUUUGUACACCAUAUACGGCAGAUUUGCUGAAUUCAUGCGCAUCUUCUUUCUUCCCAUACGAAAUUGCGUUACAUGACACAAGCUUCCCCUUCGGAACUGAAACUGGUCAAAUACUCAAUGGAACGUGGAACGGUUUUCAGCAUAAUAGCACAGCGGAACACUUUAUUGAUUGGAAUCUUGCUCUCGAUCGAUUCGUGGACCGUAGAUGGUGGAACAACUCUGUUAGCUUGGGCUCUUUUGAGAAUGAGACAGGCAUAGAGGCCGAACCAACACAUCUACUUUUCCAAGCAAGAAUCAACAUAUCUGCUUGUUCUUCUAAUGACGCCAAUGGUAAUAACGACUACGGGAGAGUUCAGAUUGGCAGGACAAAAUGUCGUGUUCUUCAAAAAUAUGUUGAAUCACGAGUUAAGUGCUCUCGAAACCUUCAUGCUUCUCGAGGGGAAUGCAGCGUGAUUGCUCAACGAAAAUCCAAAAAGGAGCACCCAUCCGAAAAUUUAUCAGUCCUUUCGCAUCCGUACUCUUUCUACUAUUUAUCCGACUUUUUCCCAACAUCGAUUUCAACACGCUUUCCGCCUAUAACAAAUCCAACUCUGGUAUACCUACGUUCUGGUUCGAUAGACGACCUCCAGGACAGAUGGGGAUUAUUGCCAUUGCUACAAGAUGUUGGAAGUGGCGAUCUAAGUAUGCGACUUAGCCAGGUAAUAAACACCUACAUUUUAUUAUCCCAAGUGGGUUUCCAAAUAUCCUCGGGGUCCUUCGAAGCGCGUUCUCGCAAUAGCAUAGGAGAAGUGACGAAAAUGGAAACACAGACUACCGAUCAACUCUACGUCUAUAAUAUCUCCUGGCAAUGGAUGGUUGCUUCCUUAGUAUCCUGUAUAGUACUCUUGUUCGGAGGCGUCUUUGGUGUGCACUUUACCCAUUUGGUCAGAGGACCGGAGACACUAGGCUAUGUCUCUACUAUAUUGCGCGAUUCGAUGUAUGUUGACAUUCCUCUGGGAACGGAACGUAUGGAGGGAUACAAUUUGUCCAAAGCUAUCAAGAACGAGCGCUUUCAGUACGGUGGGGUGGGCUUGAGUCAGGGAGGCGUUUAUCGGAUGGGAAUUGCACGCCCCGAAGAUAUCAAGAAGAAUGUAUAG